AUGGUCGUGUCGUUCACAGUUUACAAGUCUUCCAAGUACCUUUUUGACUGUACGGGCAGUGCAGAUAUCAGUCAGUCGAAGCAGCCAUGUCCGACAGUGGAUCUACACGCACUGGAAGCACUUCGACUGAAUGCGGUGGAUGUGGUCAAGCGCAUGGGGUACGUGGAAGUGGACAAGAUGAUUGCAUCCUGUGCACAGCAUCCUCCACAGACUGUCGUUGUGCCAGCUACGCACGGCGACAUUGUGCCGUUUCAGGAGUUUACCAAAUACCUGAAAGCUCGACAGCGGGCUGGCGUGGCAUUGCUCGCAGAAGGUCGGCUCUUGAUUCUCUCGCCACUGGAAAAUGAAGACUUGCAGCUACGCUGCGUGGUUGCAAGUGCGAAGCCCUGUAAGAAUGCUUCUGCUGCUGCCCCACCAUAUCAUGCAACAACGGCAAAUGCCAAUGAAGCAACAGCUGGUCAGCACUUGCAGACAAAGGUGCAUAGUCAAGCUGCUGCUGCUUUGUCGUCACCACUGCCUGAAUCGAGGAUUGAAAAGCAUCGGCAGAGUCGAGUUCGCUCUUGCAAUCGCGGCAGUACGCAGCUGGAAAAGGUCGUAGACACCGUACAUCGAGAGCGAUGCAAUGAGCAGAACCGACACGGCCAGGCCGAAGUUCGAGCGUCGACGCCAGUGCCGGAUAAAGAGUUACCCAUGCUGUGCAACUUAUCACGGCUUGAGCGGGCUACACAGAUUGCCCGCUUUCGGCAAGAGCACGAGGCUUUUCACAAGCACUAUCACGGUGUGUUGCAGGAAUGGAGCAAGUCGAACGUCGAUGGAUGA